AAUCCAGAGUAAAGUCCGAGAAAGAAAGAGGAGGGAGGGCCCAAAAAGAGCAGAAACAAAAAUAAACAUUUGCGUCCAUUUCUGAAAGACUGUAAUGGCAGCAGCCACGAGACGUUUGAUUCAGCGUGUGUCUACCACCAGACUUUCUAGUGCCGGAGCACGGCGGAGUUAUGGAGGACUGCCGGAAUCGAACUCAAAAACUCCGUCAUCUUCUUCUCAGCGAUUGAUUGAACUGGAAUCCGAAUUCAGCGCCCACAAUUACCAUCCAGUUCCGGUUGUGUUUUCUCGCGGAAAUGGCUCAACCAUAUGGGACCCUGAAGGCAAAAAAUACAUCGACUUUCUUGCUGCUUACUCCGCUGUUAAUCAGGGACAUUGCCACCCUAAGAUCAUCAAGGCACUGCAGGAACAAGUGGAGAAGCUCACUUUAAGUUCACGAGCCUUUUAUAAUGAUAAGUUCCCCGUCUUUGCUGAGCGUCUCACUAACAUGUUCGGUUAUGAGAUGGUGCUUCCUAUGAACACCGGCGCUGAAGGUGUCGAAACCGCUUUGAAAGUUGCGAGAAAAUGGGGUCACGAGAAGAAACACAUCCCCAAAGACGAGGCUAUAAUCGUCUCUUGUUGUGGUUGCUUUCAUGGUCGUACGUUAGCAGUUAUCUCCAUGAGUUGUGACAAUGAUGCUACUCGCGGGUUCGGACCGUUGUUGCCUGGGAAUCUUAAAGUUGAUUUUGGUGACGCUGAUUCACUUGAGAAGAUCUUUAAAGAGAAGGGAGAUAAAAUAGCUGGAUUCCUUUUCGAGCCUAUUCAAGGAGAAGCUGGAGUUGUUAUUCCUCCUGAGGGUUAUUUGAAAGCUGUUAGAGAACUCUGCACAAAACACAACGUUUUGAUGAUAGCUGAUGAAGUACAAAGCGGUCUAGCGAGAUCCGGGAAGAUGUUAGCUUGUGACUGGGAAGAGAUUCGUCCCGACAUGGUGAUACUUGGGAAAGCAUUAGGUGGAGGAGUGGUUCCAGUAAGUGCAGUGCUUGCUGAUAAAAAUGUCAUGCUUCAUAUCAAACCUGGCCAACACGGAAGCACAUUUGGUGGGAACCCUUUAGCUAGUGCUGUAGCUAUGGCUUCUUUAGAUGUUAUCGAGGAAGAGAAACUCGUCGAAAGAUCAGCAAGUCGUGGAGAUGAACUGAGGAUUCAACUGAAUGAAAUCAAGGAAAAGUUUCCUGAUUACAUAAAAGAAGUAAGAGGGAGAGGAUUGUUCAAUGCGGUUGAGUUCAACAGCGAAAGCUUAUCUCCUGUUUCAGCUUAUGAUAUUUGCUUGAGCUUGAAGGAGAGAGGAGUGUUGGCUAAACCGACUCACAACACCAUUGUCCGCUUAACUCCACCACUCUCCAUCAGCUCUGAUGAACUCCGAGAAGGCUCUAAGGCUCUUCGUGAUGUUCUUGAGGUCGAUCUUCCAAACCUGCAGAAGAUCAAUGCUGGUAAAACCCCGGUUUCUCACUUAACCGAGUGUGAUCGCUGCGGAAGAAGUCUCUAUGCUUGAACCAGACCGGAACUUGAUCAGGAUCUGGUUUAAUUUUAUUGUUAUUAUUCGAAAGAAUGUGUGUAUCUCGUGAUUUCAUAUAUAUCCGUCUAAAGCCGAAUCGGGUUGCACCGAGCCCGUAGUGAUAACUUUGGCUUAUUUCUGGUUUGGCAUUGAAUAAAACAGAGUUAGUUGUUUCGACAUUUA